AUGGCAACAGUAGCUAUGAAACUUGCCGAGUCCGCCCUCUCACAAUUGGGAUCAUAUGCGGUUGAAAAUAUCAAGCCAGCUAUUAACAAGCAGCUGGGAAUAGAGACAACUGAUGAGCUUUUGAAGAAGGUUAAACAGGAGCUCGACGAGGUCAAGAGAGGCCAGCAAAUUAUCAAUCAAAAGCUUGAAAGCAUGACGGUAGAACUGAAACUAGGUUUCAAGUCAACCCAAUUUAUUGAAGCAGAAGCGAAGAUUCUCUCUCGUAUGAUCUCAUUUGGGGAUGCCAUGGAGGGAGCUAUUGCUGAUGAAAAUGGCAAGACACUUGGCGAUAACAAGCAACUGCAGUCGGUACUCACAGCGAUUGCUGCAGAGAUUGACGGCAUGCGAGACCAGCUACACUUUGUGCAAGAUGCACUUCUGUCCCGUGAAAAUCCCCAGAAAGAGAGUCUUAUCGAUGUUGUUAAUGCGUAUUUCUGGAACAAGUACGGCGGUGCCCACGGUCUCAGUGCCGAAGGCGUUACCUAUGGCAUUCCAUCUUACGUUAAAGAUAUCCAGGGGUACUUCAAGUCCAUCGCGCAACUUCAGCUAACCGCCAUCUACCUGAUCUCUUGGGCCGUCGAUCCAAAUGUGUUGCGGGUAGAGGCGAAACGCGCUAUUACCCUUCUCGAUGAUCAAGCGAAAGCAAUUAGCGACUUUGUUCCCUCUGGGAUCGACAUCACUGAUAUUAACGGCAAAGGGGACGCCUUUUUCCGCCAAAUCGCCGGAAAUGACGAUUGCUUCAUGAUUCGCGAGGCCUCUGGAGAAAAGAAUUUCCUUGUUUUACGCACGGUUACUGAGUACGCACAGAACCCCUGGUACUUCGUAGGUUUGGCACCCUGGGAAGGCAACAUGAUGACCCCAAUGGACUACAGAUGGAAGCUUGAGCCGGUUGACGACGUGGAAGGGUACAAGCUAAUAGGUUGGGAUAUUGAUGGUCGCAAUGAGCCAAGGACUGUGCAAUGGGAGAAGGACGCGAGCGAUUGGAACGCAUCCACAGGCAACAGAUACACCACACGUAACAAAGGUAAAGAUGUGGUCUUUAAAGUUAUCGUUGUGAAGGCAAGCACGGAUUCCAGCUACACAACUAUACGUCUCAUGGAUACCGAGGUAGCACAUGGCACGGACGGACAGACUCCCAAGUGGUUCGAUAACCGAGCUAAAGAACCCUACACCUUCGAGUUGGUGUAUCAAAACGGUCAACGGUAUAACACUUCGUUUCGCGAUAGUACUUCUGGUUUUUGA